ACAUUUCUCUCGCCCAAAGCAUCCCUGGCACCGCGUAAUGAGACCAUCUCCUGCGUUUCGCUCUCACCCUCUCCGCCCCAAUCGUCUCACUCGACGAAAUCCUCUGUUUAGGCUGAGACCUCCGGUGCGGACUGACCCCAUAAAACACAAAUUGGUUUCGAAGGGAGUCGUAAGUAAAUAAAGCGAUGGAAGGAUCAUCGCCGGAAGAAGGUUCCGGUGCCAACAACUCGCCGCUUGUGACGAAACUAAGGAAACUGCUAUUCCGGCGGAUGCUGGUAGGGGUGGAGGACGGCCGCUUCUUUCUCGGCUUAUUCCACUGCAUUGACAAACAAGGUAAUAUUAUCCUCCAGGAUGCGAUCGAGUACCGCAGCACCCGCCGCUCCGGCCCGUCCUCCUGGGAGCAGCGCGGCCUCGGGCUUAUCCUCAUCCCCGCCACAUGUCGUUGCUCCUGCCACGUUGACUGCUCCAUAGAGGAGCAGAUGUCCCUCUUGUCCAUAGACAAAUGAAACCUACUUGAAGAGAUUCAAAGUUCCCUGUGUCAUAUUCUGGUUUUGGUCUCUUUGAGACUCUGUGGCUUAUGCUUGUUGCUGCAGAGAUUUUUAUUUCGCUGUGAAGAGAGGUAUUCACUCUUUCUUCUUUUGGAAAGGAAGAAAAAGAAAGUUGCUCUGCACUCUGAUUCUGAGAAACUACGGUGGCUUGGUCAUUUUUGAGUAAAAUAAGUGGUUUUCCUUUUUCUGUUUUUCGGAUUGCAGCUUAGGAUUUGUGUUAGAUAAUCACCCUUUUGAAUGACUCUGUGUAUGAAGGGGCUAAACCUGGAAUGGUGUCGUCAAGGAGCGGCACCGCUGUUCAGUAAUAAGAUCAAACAAGGGGCAGGUGUGUGGCUAUCUAGCUUGCAUGUAAGAUGUUUGUAGAAAUGACAAAUCACAAUAUAUGGGUUGAUUCUCAUU